AUGUCUUCUGUGAAUUUGAAUCUUUCCUCCAAGACAGCGAUUGAGUACGAGAGAGAAUAUUCUGCCCACAACUACCAUCCUCUUCCCGUUGUGUUUUCCAAAGCCUCUGGUGCUAGAGUUUGGGAUCCCGAAGGAAAGGAGUACCUUGAUUUUCUGUCCGCUUAUUCUGCAGUUAACCAAGGUCACUGUCAUCCGGAAAUUAUUUCAGCCCUUGUUGAUCAAGCUGGGAAGUUGACUCUAUCUUCAAGAGCUUUUUCAAACGAUGUAUUUGCAGCCUUUGCAAAGUAUGUCACAGAAUAUUUCCACUAUGAAAUGGUUCUUCCUAUGAACACAGGUGCAGAGGCUGUUGAAACAGCGUUAAAACUUGCCAGAAGAUGGGCCUACAUGAAGAAAGGUGUACCUGACAAUCAAGCAAUCAUCCUAGGUGCUAAGGGGAACUUUCAUGGUCGUACUUUUGGAGCUAUUUCUCUAUCUACUGAUGAAGAAGAUGGUCGUAAAUUUUACGGUCCAUUCUUGGAGAAUACAACUGCAAAAAUCCCGGGUACUGCUGACCAAUAUUUGAGAUACGGUGUUAUCGAAGAUGUUGAGCAAGCUUUCAAAAAUGCAGGAGAUCGUAUCGCAGCUAUUAUUCUAGAACCAAUUCAAGGUGAAGCAGGUAUUGUGGUUCCUCCUAAGGAUUAUCUUUUCAAGGUUCAAGAGCUUUGUAGGAAGUAUAAUGUUCUUUUCAUUUGUGAUGAAAUUCAAACAGGUAUUGCGCGUACAGGUAAAAUGCUAUGUUACGAGCACACGCCAAAUGUUAAACCAGACGUUAUUCUUUUAGGUAAGGCUAUUUCUGGUGGUACCCUGCCAGUGUCUUGUGUGUUGUCAUCCAAGGACAUUAUGCUCUGUUUCGAACCUGGUUCUCAUGGAUCUACUUAUGGUGGUAACCCUCUAGCUUCACGUGUUGCCAUUGCAGCAUUAGAAGUUGUUAAGAAUGAAAACCUUGUUGAAAGAUCUCAGAAAUUGGGUGACCUAUUACAGACUGAGUUGGAAAAGUUGCAAAAGCUAUCUAAUGGCAUAAUAUCCGAAGUUCGUGGUAAAGGGCUUUUGAGAGCUAUUGUUAUUGACCCUACUAAGGCAAACGGAAGAACUGCUUGGGACUUGUGUCUACUAAUGAAGGACCAAGGUGUUCUUGCAAAGCCUACUCAUGAUCACAUCAUCAGAUUGGCUCCUCCUUUGGUGAUUUCCGAAACUGAUCUUCUAAAGGGUGUCGAAGCUAUCAAGAAGUCCUUACAGCUUCUUCCAAAUGUUCAAAAAGCAGACCAUUGA